AUGACUUUUUUUCCGUGUUAAAGUCCUUAAAUGGGGUAGCUGCAAAUGUUUGAACAUAAGCGUAUCCCUUAAAGGCUAUUCUGGCCAUUGUGUUUGCAUCGUGGCCAUCUGAAACAGAAUGCUACACAACCGAUCUUUGCUGUGCUUUUCUUCAGUAGUUAACUUUCUACUACUAGUAGCUCUCUUGGUUGGCGCUGUUGCUCAAGCUGGCUGUUUCAGUUUCAAUUAUUCAAGUUUUACGGAAGAAGAUGAGACCAAUCUCAUUUUAAAGAAUUCAUAUAUAGCUUUGGGUGGCAUCCAGGUUACACCUGAUGUUUCAAGCAUAGAUUUCAGCAGGAAUCAGUCUGGCCGAGCGCUGUACAAAAGACCAUUCAGGUUGUGGAGCAAAAGCAAAGGCAUGGCAUCUUUUAAUUCCACCUUUGUACUUAACAUCAUCAACACCACAAACCCAGGUGGUGACGGUUUGGCCUUUAUCUUAACUGGACAUACCGAUCUUCCAAGUAACAGCCAAGGACAAUGGCUUGGGAUCGUGAAUGAGGCCACGGUAUCAUCACCUGAAAUUGAAACGGUGGCAGUAGCAUUUCUCACUGGGAGGAGUAACACAGAAAAUUUGAAUGGUAGCCGGAUUGGACUGAACUUGAAUGGCUAUUUAAAAAAACAAGAAAGCCUAUAUGUGGAUCUUUCAAGUGGUAUGGACGUCAAGGUGAGAAUUCGGUAUGAUGGGGAGGUUUUGAGGGUUUUUGUGGGGGAAGACACGAGCUCACCAGCAAUUUCUGACUCUCUUAAUUUCUCCAUCUAUCUGCGUCACAAAGUUUAUGUGGGAUUCUCAGCUUCAACGGGAAAUUAUUCCCAACUAAACUAUGUAAGGUCAUGGGAAUUCAGUGUAUUAGAUUUAGAUGAUCAUCAGAUGCCGCAAUGGAUCUGGAUCAUAGUUGCUGCAGUAAUAGCUUUGUUUAUUGGAUUUGCCUUUUCCUUGUAUUGGAAAUGGAAAUAUUAUGUCAGGAAGGGAGAUGAUCCGGGAUUUGAGCUACAGAUUCAAGGCUUAUCCACGGCUCCAAGAAAAUUCAGAUUGAAAGAACUGGAGUCUGCCACAGAGAACUUCAAUUCUGAUAACUUGCUCGGCAGAGGUGGAUUUGGGACUGUCUAUAAAGGAGUAUCGAUAAAUAGGGAGGUAGCUGUGAAAAGAUUUUCAAGGAAUUCACAUGAGGGCAAGCAAGAUUUUAUAGCAGAAAUCACAACAAUCAGCAACCUCCAUCACAGAAAUCUUGUGAAAUUAUUGGGAUGGUGCCAUGAGAGAGAUGAACUGCUUCUGGUGUAUGAGUUCAUGCCAAAUAAGAGCCUAGACAAGCUCAUAUUUUGCAAUCAGAAUCAUGGAGCAGAGACUAACCCAGUUACUCUGAAUUGGGAAAGGAGGCAUGGUGUCAUUUAUGGGGUGACACAGGCACUGGACUACCUUCAUAAUGGAUGUGAGAAGAGGGUGCUUCACCGAGACAUAAAGGCAAGUAAUGUAAUGCUGGACUCAGAAUUCAACGCCCGAUUGGGGGAUUUUGGACUGGCUCGAACCAUCAAUCCGAGUGAUCAAACUCACCAUUCCACCAAAGCAAUUGCAGGAACGCCUGGCUACAUGGCUCCAGAAAGUUUUCUUAUUGGGAGGGCAACAGUUCAAACAGAUGUUUACGCAUUUGGUGUCCUGGUACUUGAAGUUGUCUGUGGAAGAAAGCCUGGAAGACAAAGCACGCAGAACAACUAUAACAAUAGCAUAGUGGAUUGGGUAUGGGAAAAUUACAGGGGAGGGAGCAUUCUGGAUGUGGUAGAUUUGCAAUUGAAUGGGAUUUUCAGCAAGGAGCAAGCUGAAUGUGUAUUGGUUUUGGCUCUGGCUUGUUGCCAUCCAAAUCCAUACCAGAGGCCAUCCAUGAGAACUGUCUUGAGGGUUCUUGCAGGAGAGGUUGCUCCACCAGUUAUCCCCAUGGACAGACCUGCUUUUGUGUGGCCACCUGCAAUGCCCCCAUCUCUCAAUGAGGAUUUGCAGGACUACACUUUCAGUGGAGACCGAAACACCCCAUCUUCAGAACUGAUUGGAAGAUGAAAAUCAUGCCAGUAAUUCAAAGUCAGGGGUGUCCAUCUUCUAUAUAUCAGUAUGCCUCUUGUUUUUUCAUUAGUUUAUGGUGGUGAAUUGCUUUAGCUUCAUUGAUGUGCUAAAUUUUCUCCUUGUUUGCAUGAACACCCCUUAUUGCGUGUUUACAAAUUUCCCCCCUCUUUGAUUGUUCAAGGGCAUGAGUGCCCUUCGCUGUAUAUGUGUUAAAAAUGUAGCUUUAGGUACUAUUACUUUUUAGUUGAUAGUGCCUUUAAAUGUAGCUUGUAACUAUUUCGUCUCCCAAAUAAUAUAAAGACAAUCGUUCUCAAA